UGGGGAUGUCACUUUAACUCUAGACUGACGAGGGAUAGUUAGUUCCCUUCUCACUGCAAGUGGCAUUAAGCGCCAGGUGACCGACUCUAAGCCAGAAUGUCCCUCCAAAGAGAAAGGAGCACACUAGCUUCGGGUUGGCUUAGCUUGGAAAUGGGAAUUUCUGCAGCGCUGCUUAGAUUCCCCAGCAGUUGCUGAGAGCCCUGCUUUCUGCCCUGUCUCUCCUGUGUUUUCUUCCCCCCCCCCCCCCCCCAAAGUCCUCUUGGGUGAGGCAGGAAGAAAAGGAAUUCUCCAAAGAAAAGAUUUUGAAUUGGUGAAUAUUGGGUGGAAGAUUAUGUGCAUGUGUGUGGGUGCUCUCAUUAAAGGGACGGUCUGUCAUUUGACAGCUUUCCUGAGGCUGUAUGGUCUGUCAUCCCUUAGAAAGGGCUGGGAAGGUGGAGAGGGUGGAGGGAACUGCAGUUCUGAGGACUGAGCAGCUGCCAAGUGAGCUCCUCCUGAAAUAAGUACAGACAAGAUUCUCUGCAGGACUGGAAACUUGGACCUGUUACCUUUUCAUCUACCCAGAAAACCAGGACAAGGGAAGGCAGUGACACUGAAUGAAAGUGAAGACCCGGGAAGAUAAGAUGUGCUGAAAAUCAGAGGCUUGGGAGAAGCUUCAAGCUGCCAAAGAUGGAAAAUAAGACAGGAGGUGAACUGAACCAGACACAACUUCAGGCCCGAGCAUUGGUAGCCCUAGAAUACCAAGUGGUCACUAUCCUCUUAGUUCUCAUCAUCUGUGGGCUAGGCAUCAUAGGCAACAUCAUGGUGGUCCUGGUGGUAAUGAGAACCAAACACAUGAGGACCCCAACUAACUGUUAUUUGGUGAGCCUAGCUGUGGCUGACCUAAUGGUGCUGGUGGCUGCAGGUCUCCCCAACAUCACUGACAGUAUCUAUGGCUCCUGGGUCUAUGGCUAUGUAGGAUGUCUCUGUAUUACCUAUCUCCAAUACUUAGGCAUUAAUGCUUCUUCUUGCUCCAUCACAGCAUUUACAAUUGAGAGGUACAUAGCCAUCUGCCACCCCAUCAAGGCCCAGUUUCUCUGUACCUUUUCGAGAGCCAAAAAGAUCAUUAUCUUUGUGUGGGCUUUCACCUCCAUUUACUGUAUGCUUUGGUUUUUCUUGCUUGACCUCAAUAUGGUCACUUACAAAGAUGCUACUGUAGUGUCCUGUGGCUACAAGGUAUCUAGGAGUUACUACUCCCCCAUUUAUCUGAUGGACUUUGGCAUAUUCUAUGUAGUACCAAUGAUACUGGCCACUGUCCUCUAUGGACUCAUAGCUAGGAUACUGUUCUUGAAUCCCAUUCCUUCAGAUCCUAAAGACAGCUCUAAGGCAUGGAGGAAUGACCUAGCCUAUCAAAAGAAGAAUGUGAACUCUAAAACAGCCAGCAGAUGUUUUAAUAGCACCAUUUCUUCCCGGAAGCAGGUUACCAAGAUGCUAGCAGUGGUUGUGAUUCUAUUUGCCCUUUUGUGGAUGCCCUAUAGGACCCUGGUUGUAGUCAAUUCAUUUCUCUCCAGUCCUUUUCAAGAAAAUUGGUUCUUGCUGUUCUGCAGAAUCUGCAUUUACCUCAACAGUGCUAUCAAUCCAGUGAUUUACAAUCUCAUGUCCCAGAAAUUCCGAGCUGCUUUCAGGAAGCUCUGCAACUGCAAAAAGAAGCCUUCAGAGAAGCCAGUCAACUAUAGUGUGGCCCUUAACUACAGUGUCAUCAAGGAGUCUGACCGCUUCAGCACAGAGCUCGAAGAUAUCACAGUCACAGACACUUAUUUGGCCACGACCAAAGUGUCCUUUGAUGAUACAUGUUUGUCUUCUGAGGUAACAUUUAGCUGAACUUGAGUCAUAACAUGAAAUAUGAGGCACCACAAAGUAGAGGGGGCUAUUGGGCCAUUAUGAGGAGAAAGGGAAAACUUGUCUAUAGAGUUUGUAUAUAUGAAGUGGGGCAAGGAGAAGUUUUCCCUAGGUUCUUCAGUCUCCCUUAACUUUGUCACCCUUAAAUAUGAUUUCUUGUCCAGGAGAGUAAUUCAGACCUUUAACUUGGUACAGUUAUCAUGCAGGAAAGUGAAGUUGAUCAGAGAAAUGCUUAUGUUAUAGCUCAAUCAGAAAAAUUGCCUCUUUUUAAUUUGUUGAAUCAAUUUAAUUAGUUGUAACUGAUUACAUCAACCAUGAAUUAUGGACAUAAAUACACUAAAUUUUCAAAGAUUUUCUGAUCUAAAAUUAUUCUCCUCCAAAAGUCUACAUUACACAUUCAAAUGACUUUAAUGCUUGAGACAUUUUACUGUAGACUCACUUAAAAUAUUAAUUAAAAAUCCAAGUUUCUUUAAUAUCUUAAUAGUCACUUAGAACAUUCAGCUUCUGCUUACUAAUAGAUUAUUAAAUUUUAAUGUAUAAUGUACAUCAAAUGUUUCCAAAUUGCAAAUUUAGUUACUAAUCAGAUUUAUAUUUUGAAGCUAAAGCCAGCUUCGUCCAAGUAUUUGAGACUUUCAUAAAUAGUGAUUGGGUAGGAUACAAGAAAUGCUUUCUGAGAAAAUCUUUUGGGUAUCCUGAGGUAUAAACUACUGAGUUGUGAGUUUUAGGAGAGAAAAGAGUCUUAUAAAAGAAAAUUCACUUGGAAGUCUAAACCAUUUGUGAAAACUUAGUUAACUUCUGGUCUACUAAAAUUCUGCUUCCAAAUGUGGGCUACCCACAUAACAGCCUAAAGUCUAAAUUUAACAUUGUUUUCAAUAGUUGUUACUGUCUGGUUUUCUUUUAAUUAUUCUUUGAGUCAUUUUUUUUCUAAAAGUCAGAGAUAUUUUAUUAAAUAUGAACUUUUUUGAAUGUACAAUUUCUCUGUAGACCUUAUUCUUCCUCAGAGUUGAGGCAGAUCCCUUAAUAUCUUUGAUAGAUUUGUCCAAUAUGUGAUUUAUUCCCAACUUUCCCAUGAGUCUUUAAGCAUGUGUGAAUUUUAAUAUUCUCAGAAUAUUUUGUCAUAUUCCAACCUUGAAUGUUUUCAAAUAUAUCAAUUCCUUGGUUAACCAGUUGAUAGAGACAUUAUAUUUGUACUCACUGAGUCAUCAUCUACCACAUCCUCCCACUGUAAAAACUGUUCUUUGUGAGUAAGUUAAAAUACCCAUUAAAGAAUUCUCAUUGGAUGACCUUUUUUAUUUUUGAUGACAAAUUUAAGAGAUGCCAAAUACUUGAAGUACCACAUAUUCUGGCCUCUGACCAUUCCAAACUGUAUUUCUGGGCCCUGGGUUAAUUCUAGAAUCUCAAUUGCCCUUUGUUAUAGAGUCAACUCUAUGUGUUAUUUCUAGCUUUAAAUUCUUCCUCAUGGAGUCUUGCCUCUGGGAGUUCCCUUCAGUACUUGCUUUUGUGAAAUGAGAGAAACAAAAUGCAGAGUAACAUCACAUUUUCUAUUAGGUCCUUCAUCAGAGGCUUGAGGAAGCAUGCAGCAAUGGAAAUACUUUUUACUGCCAUUAGUCAGAGAAACUAUGUCCAAAUUACCACUGUAUCACUUACUCCCUUUCUGAUCUUGUAGAAAUCAUUUGACGCUUUCAGGUCUCUGUUUCUUCACCUUUAAAAUGAGGGAGUUGAACUUGAUGGCCUCUAAGGUUCUUUCUAGCCUAUAAUUCUUAGUCCUCUGAUUGAUUUUAGAUUAGACUAGUGCUAUUUUCACAGAAAAGGUAAAAUUCUGGGAAUAAGGAUGAGUCAAAGCACAGUGUAUAAAAAAAAAAUUCUAGAUACACAAUCGGGAGAUACUUGAGUUUAAAUCUUGUUUACGGAAUUUUGUCAGCUAUAUGGUUUAAGAAACUCAAUUAACCUGUCUAAGCCUUAGUUUCUUCAUAUGUAAAAUAGAGGUAAUCAUAUUUUCUAUCCAUUUUGUCUAAGGAAUACUACAAGUUUCAAAUCAAGUAAUGGAAAAUCCUUUAAGGUUAAAGAGCUAUAGAAAAAUCACCCUUUUAAAAAAAUAGAUGUUCGGGAUGUGUAGUGGCAAUUUCCAAGAUCUUAAAAUUAGUUUUAAAAAUAAACAUUUAGAAGAAUGAUGCUAUCAAGUAACAAAUGGGCAGAUGUGUAUUUCAUUGUACAAUAUUUUUUUUCAUUUUAUUCACUUCAAUCUGAUAUAUUGGUUCAGUUCUAUUCAUUUUUAACUUUCCUCAAAAGGUUAUUAGCUAAUAAUCUCUCGGCUCUGGAAAAAAAGGGGAAUUCAAAAAAACUGGACUCAGAGCAUUUCAACUCUAAAGCAAAUGUCAUUACAAAAUUAAAUGUUCCCAAACAGUGCCCUAUAGACAUGGUGCUUAGCCAGGAGCAAAUGAUACAUUUUAAAUAUUUGUCAUUUCACAGAUCCAAGUCAUUAAAGAUUUCUGUAAAUAACAAAAACUGAAUAUAUGUUUGAAAGAAAAACAAAGGGCCAGACCUACAGCCACUGAUUGUUAAUGAUGUGACAGUAUUGCUAUGUACAGAACAUAUAGACUUUGCAACAAAUUUUCAUUAGUGCUUCCUUGUUCCCAUGGCGAUAUAGAACAACAUACCAAAACCUGUACUUAUGCCAUCACCUGAGAGUAUUGCAUCUCAUUUUCAGAGAUAGAGAGGGCAAUGGUAAGAUAAUUCCCAGUAUAAAACUCCUUAAUUAUAUAUUAAAGUCUUAUUUGCAAUAUCUCUAAAUACUGCACUUUUAGGUUUGACUACAUAACAGAUAUAUUUAUUAUAUACAAAUACUAGUUAGUAUUCGCCCUCAAGCAUUCUUUUUCAACCAGGUCUACUCAUUUUCACAUAUUAAGAUACAAGGCAUAAAAAUAGUUUGAUUAUUAUGAAAUGAUUAAAAGUUAUGAAAUCUCAUUUGGUUAUAUUAAAGCAUUCCUUAUUUCUUUCAAAUGUUCAAAAACAAAUACUGUUUGGACCUGGCUUCUUAGAAUUAGAGCUGAAAGGGCUUGUAGAAUCAAAAAUUUAGAACUGGAAGGGAUUAGAGAAUCCAUUGGAUACAACCUCCUCAUUUUACAAAUAAAGAAAUGGAAGGUAAGAGAGAUUAAAAGACUUGUCCAGAGUCAGAAAGCAAGUAAAUGUCUAAAGCAGGAUUUGAAGUGAAAUCUACCUGACUCCAGAUCCAUCAUUCUGGCUAGUUUGCCACCUCGGGAACCUUAGAGGUUCUCUGGUAGAACCACCUCAUUUUAUUGAUAAAUAAACAAGGCCUACAGAAGAUAAUAAUUUCAAUAAGUUUAAGCAGGGCAUAAAUAGCAGACCCAGGAUUAGAACUUGGGUCUUUUGCCUCCAAAUACAAACCUUGCACCCUAUUACAUGCUUUGGAUGUUCCUACUUUUCUCCCUGUGUCCUAAUACACCUUUCCCUCUUUGAGAGAACAUUUAACUCUCAGAAUGUGUUAGUUUUUCUGAAUAUGAUAGUGUGUCCUUUCAAUUUGUGCUUUUAAAAAUUUCCUUCUCUACUCCCCAGCUUUUGUGAAUUUGGGCAAGAUGUGUAUUUACCUAAUGAUGUAAUGGAAUGCUACUUUUCAGAAUCUAAAUAUGAAAUUUAGGAACUUUCUGUUGUGGGAUGUCAACUCAACUAUAUGUAAUGUCUUGGUAACAUUGCUAGGCAUCUCAGUACAUUGUGACAAUUUGUAUCUUGAUAUUUCCAUUGAUAUUGCCUUAGAGUAGAUAUUAUUCAUCAAUUGCUUGACUUUAUACAAACUGAUUUGGAAAGGGCUACAGCCCAGUAGCAUUCUUCAACUUUGUACUUUUGGUGUAAUUUCUAGUAAUUCCUUAGCAAAUUUCAUGUGCCCACAUUGAGUAUUAUUGUGCCCUACUCCUUGAACUCCAGUCAGAUUGCACUAGCUUAACCUGAUACAGUAUGUAAUAUAUUUAAAUAUUUUCAUAAUAGAUUUAGAAAUUAUGCAUUUAUUGAGAAUUGCACAUAGCAUUGUGGUGACUCUGUCCUCUUGGGGAAUGCACUCAUGAUAUUAAAGUUGAUUCAGAUUUUCAUAAUCACAUUUGGAAAUAAAUGCAGAAACCUGGAAAUUUCGCACCUCUAGGAGAAUCCCAUUGGAAUUGGGAUCUGAGUCUAUCAUGGGUUCAAGGAGGAUCUCUUCUUUGGGAUUAAUGAAAGCCUGUAAUUGUGGUCCUUGGGACCUCAAAUUAGAAUAUUCUUCUAGUGUCAAAUGAGACUAGCUUCAUAAAUAAAUAGGUUCAGCUGGAUUCUCUGUUGGCCACUGAGGUCAUGUUGUAGUGACUGAAGAGCACUUGGCAUCAUCUAGGCAUCAGUUAGUCCUGUUUAAUGCUGUAGGAGAUGCAGAAAAUAACACAAUAAAAUCCAACAUACAUUUGCUUAGGGCCUACAGUAAUCAGUACAAGAUAUGGUGCCAGGUACUGAAAAAACAGAAAAACAAACAAAAACAGCACCUGGCUUCAAGGAGCUUGCAUUCUAUAGUGGGAUGAAACUCGUAACUGCUAAAGCCUCUACAUCAUUAUGUAAGAAUGGUAAGAACACAAAAAACCAGGAAGAUUAAGAGAAAAAACAUUAGAGACCAUCAAAAACUAAAAAAACCAUCCCUGCCAUCAAGAAUCUUAGGAAGUGGUUGGAGAGACAAAACUAUCCUGCAUAAAUAACAAGCAGUAGUACAAAGCACAUAACUAAGAAUUCUUCUGUGUAGUUCAGAGCAUAAUUUAUAGAUAAUCAGAAGCCUGAUCACAGGGUAGAAUGAAAUAAUCAAGGAGAGCUUCACAGAAGAGGCAGCACUUUGUUUUAGGACUAAUAGAAUAUACAUUUCUUGAGUUACAGGCAUGGUUAUAUUGUUUUUGUAUCUCAAAUGCCUGAUACACAGUUGGUGCUUAAUAAAUGCUUCAUGAUUAAUCAAUUGUUUAGAAGGAUUUAGAUAAGCAAAAGGAGAGGGAGGAACCUUCCAGCCAAUGAAGAAAACAAAAAAGAAAGACAUGAAGAUAGAAAAAGAUUUUUAAGAUGAACAUGCAAUAUCUGGCAAAAAUUUUUCUGCAUCCUUAUACAUAGUAUGCAUAUAAUAAGUUCUUAUUGAAUUAAAUUGAAUUAUAAUAACAUUAACAAGAUGUGGAUGAGUGAGCUUUUCCCUUUGAGAGAAUAAAAAUGUCAUAAUUUGAAGAAAAGAAAAAUUGGGGUUGUAAUGCAUGUAUGCAUGCUUGAAAAACUCCAUACACAGAGAAGAAUAUGAAACAAGUGUGGCUCUAUAUGUGUGUGUGUGUGUGUGUGUGUAUAUAUAUAUAUAAUACUAAAUCAACUGUGAUUGUUUCCCAAACAUUGUAAAUUCUAUUUAUUCUCUUAAUAAUAAAUAUUGUACUAUUUAUUAUAGGAAUGACAUGAUCUCGGGAGUAAUUUUAUGUUAUAUUUUCCAAAGGGCAGAGGGGAAUACAUUAUCUCUAGUCUCUCUAUGUGAUAUAUAUAUCUAUAAAAUGUAAAUAUUUCUAUGUGUAUUUUUUCAAGGACCUUAAGUAACUGAAUCUCUGUAAACAUAUCAUAAAAACAAUUGGUAUUCAGGGGUCUCUAAAAUAAGCUUUUAAAAUUAAAUCUUGAAAAUUCCUGUGUGCAUAGAUAGUUCACACGGAUUCUGACAAAUUAGUUAGAGACACCCCUUUUUCUUUGCAUGUAACUUAUGAUCUAUCUCUGAGACUCCUGGGAGCCUCUGACUCCCUUAUUUUUCUGCUUUAGAAAGGUAUAUGCUUAGGAAUAAAAAGCUGAAGUCUCCACAUGGGACAAUACUCUUUCUGAAUGUGAAAUGUUCUACUCUCUGUGAUGUCUCUGAUCUAAUGUAUGUAUGAUGAGUAAUAAAGUUUCAAAAUGAA